AGCAGCAGAAUCAUUUCAUCAGGAAUACAAAUACCCUCGAAAACUUCCAGCUGAACAACGGUAUACGCUCUCUCUUUCUGUCUCUUGGAACUCUCUCACCUUCCUCUCCCUUUCUUUCUCUUUGUUGGCUUCCUUUUUUCUAAAGAUGAUGAGCACAAGAAAGAGGUCACCUUUCACUCCAAUUCAGUGGCAAGAGCUUCAAGAACAAGCUUUGGUAUACAAGUACAUCGCCUCUGGAGUUCCUAUCCCUCCUGAACUCAUCUAUUCUGUCCAAGGAAGUUUGCACUCUUCUCUGGCUUCAAGGCUGUUACCUAAUCAACUGAUUGGGUGGAACAGUUUUCAGGUGGGUUUUGACAGAAAAGUAGACCUAGAGCCAGGGAGGUGCAGAAGAACAGAUGGGAAGAAAUGGCGGUGUUCAAAAGAAGCAUAUCCAGAUUCCAAGUACUGUGAGAAACACAUGCACAGAGGCAAAAAUCGUUCAAGAAAGCCUGGUGAAGUUGCUUCAUCAACAAUUUCAAGUACCAAAACAACACCACCACCAUCCUUCUUUCCACCACAUAUCCCAUCAAGCAAGACAAACCUCACCAUUUCCACUAAUAGCACCAUACACUCCAUUUCCCCUUUUACUCUUUCUCCACUACCUUCUUCUUCCUUGGCUUCUGAAAUAUACAACUCUCCCAAUCCUAGCCAAGAGACCCAUUUUAACUCGUACCUUCAAAAUUCCCAUUCUUCCUCAUCUAAGCCUCCUGAUUACGGUUUAACACUUCAAAAUCAAUCUUCACACCAUUUCUUGGAUUCUAGAACUGGGAUAUCUUACCCUCAAGCUAAUACAGAUUACAGGCAUUUUUCUGGGACAAAGGAGGGUGUUGAUGAUGAGAGAGUUUUCUUCCCUGAAGCUGCAGAGAGUUCUUAUAAAAACUUGUCUCAAUCACAAUAUCAGAGCUUUAUUGAUAGUUCAAACCAGCAACAACAAGAGCAGCAUUGCCUAGUCCUGGGCACGGAUAUCAGCUCAGCAACAACAAUGAAAAAGGAAAGAGAAAAUCAGAAGCCAGUGCACCACUUUUUUGAAAACUGGUCACCCAACAAUAACACUGAUUCAUGGCUUGAUCUUGCAUUCAAAUCCAGGGUCCGUACAGACAGCUGAAGUGUGAAAGCGUGAGGUCUUUAUAGAUCGGCCAAAAGAGUACUUGCUGUGGGUCAAUAUACCUUUGCUUUAAAAGUUGUGGCUGGGAAUACAUCUUAUUUGUUUCUUUCCAGAUGCUUCUCUUCCUCGAGAAAUCAUGUUUGCUUCUGUCUGGUCGUAGCUACUUGAUGUGCUUUAAGGUCUUUCCUCUCAAAGCAUCGAGAGUGACUAAACCUCAAGGGGAAUCCCCACCAGGGGAACCGAGGCAAAACUCUGGUUCCACCAUUUUGUAGUAACUCACAACAGAGGGGAACAAAGACAUAAUUUUUUAUAUAUUUCCUUGUUUCCUUAAUCAUUAGUCUUUGCACAAUUUUUUAUUUUUUAUUUUUAGACAACACAAUUGUUAGGCAGACCCUUCAUGCCACGUUUUGCUGACUUAAUCAGUUCCUAGAGGAUGGUAUAAGAUAAGCAUAGCUUUGCAAACAGAGUUGCUGUAAAAGGGAGCUGGUUUGCUGGGCUUUUUUUUACAUGGGUUAUGACAUGGAUGAUCCAAUAUCAACCAAGCUGGACUCUCCUUGGGCCUUACUUGGGUCCAUAUCAUGGCCCAACACAAUCAUAAACCAUGACCCCUUUAUUUUCCUGGUCUUGCUGUUUGAACUUUGAACCAUUCAACAGAUAAGAUUAAGGUCAAUUCCAGUCCAAUUCCCUGUCAAUAUCUGCCGGCAAUAAGUCAAAAUCAGGGUA